UGCCAAGCAGGCAGCUUCGUGGGUGCCGCGGGCGCAGUCGUAGGCUCGCAGCAAGGUUUUGCAGCUGCUUCUAUGGCUACACACCAACCGACAUAUAUUACAGGUGCUUGUUCUAUGGGUACUACUACUACACAAGGAAUAGCAGGAAAUGGUGUAGUUGGAGUACAGCCAGGGGCGUUAAACCUGAUGAAUACACAAGCAGUCGGAACGAAUCCUUUUCGGAAAGAUGUGUCUAUGAAUGGAGGAUAUCAGCAGAUGAGUCAGCAGAUGAUGAGCUCUCCAGCAAGUAGCCCGAAAAUGAGCAUGGGUGUAUAUUAACCGUCUUGUACUAUUUUCCUGUAGAUGAUGAUGAUGUUUGGUUUAAUCAUGUUGGAUUGACAAACUUCAGCUUGUUCUUGGUAGAAGGUCCCUACUUCAGAGUAGAAAUUCGAAUAGCAAAAAAACUGCUUAGGCCACUGAGGCUGACAUGAUGCUUCUCUUUCUUGUCCAUAACUACAGGUAGCGUCAUCAAACCCAAUGGGCUCACCCCAGUGGAUGGGCAUGGGGGCAACUCAGCAACAGAAUCAAGCGCAAUGGUCGGCAAUGGGGGUAACUCCACAAACAAUGCAGUCAGCGCAAGCAAAUCAACAAGCAAUGGGGCAGAUGUCCUGGAAGAACCCUUGGCAGGGUUCAGUGCAGUAAAUCAAGGCUCUUCAUCUUCAAUUGCGAAAGUCAAGCCAAAAUCAAAAAUUUCAUUCAACUUCUCAGGGAUGAAGAUGAACAAGAGCAAGGAACCAGCUGAAGCUAAGACGUCAUCUUUUAUAUCAUCCUCUCCUUCAACAUCUGCUCCUCCACCUAAUAAAGCUGUCACUGUCACUGGGAACAAGCCUCAGAUUCAAUUCAAGUUUCAAUCGAAAACUGCUGCUGCUAGUGUUGGACUUAGAGCUGUUCAACAAGAUACUGAUUAUAGAAAAGAUGUGGUUGUAAUCGAACAAAGCAAUGCGACUACUCCAAAACACAUCAAGAAAGCAGAGCCUACGCCAGACUCUCCAACGAUUUUGCCUCAACGUCGUAUUCGUAUCACAACGACGCCAACAUUUGUCAGCCCUUCUUGUUCAUCUACUCCCAAUCCCACAGCGACAGUAAAAGUAGACUUAGGAGAACACCCGCCCCAAGCUGCCCUGCUUCCGGAACAGAGGAAUCCCUUAGGGUUUAUGACUCUGAUGGGAGGAUACACGAUCAGGAAGAAAAGGUAUCGCAUCGGCCAGAUGUUGGGCAAUGGCGUGUUUGCGCAUGUGGUUCGUUGUGUGGAUUUGGGUCAAAAAAAAGUUUUGUUGGAAAAAGCAAAAGCAAUAGAAGAAGGUCAACCAGGUGAAGAUGACGUCAAUGCUUUGCCUGAUGAAGACGAGUUUGUCGGUCAACAUGAUGAUGCUUCUUUCACUAGUCAACAACAGAGGACUGUGGCCAUCAAGUUCAUGCGCGUUCAGGACAUGAUGAGGGAAAAUGGUCUAAAGGAAAUACGGAUUUUAAAAUGUUUGCUUGGGCAUGGACCUGAACAGAGGAUAGCGAAAUCAAAAACGUCAAUCAGGAGUGCAACUGCAAGCAAUAACAUCUGUCGACUUCUUGCCUAUUUCCAUUACGAAGGUCAUCUUUGCCUGGUUUUCGAAAGCUUGUGGCUGAGUCUUCGCGCAGCAAGCGGAAAGGUGUGGUCGGAAUUCAUUGACAGAGGCGUUUUUGACACUCCUAGUCCUACUUCGAAAGUUGUUGAACAAGAUGAUACCUCCAAUACUAGUAGUACUACGUCCUCCCUCACCACGCGUCGAGAAGAAAUUGCCUGUGCUCUUGCUCGCUCAUGGUCUCGACAAUUCCUAACUGGUCUUCAAUACAUACACGAUUGCGUUCUCGUGCAUGCGGAUAUCAAAAGCGACAACAUUUUGCUCUCUGAACCGCUGGCUUCGACAUCCUCGGGUGGCUCGAUACAUUCCGUUCUAAAGAUUUGUGACUUUGGAAAUGCUGGUAUAGCUUCUCCUACUAGGGAAAGACGGGAUGAUGUUAAGGCUGUACCUAAUAAAUCUUUGGACGCAUCCGUGAAACGCAUGGAAGACUAUUCUAAGGGAAUGCUCCCCCAUACUUUUCAAGGAUGCGCUUGAAAGAUGAAUUGCGGACAGCUCUAACGAUGAAAAGCAGCAACAGGAGGUGGAACAUCAAGAGGAGCGUGAAGCAACUCUCCAGCGUUACCUGUAUGGCGAACAACAAGGCGAGGAACGUUUGUUCGAGCCACCCAUAUGGUAUCGAGCUCCAGAGCUAUUGCUGUCUCUCCCAGACAGCCUAAAACACACGGCUCUUGAUUGUUGGUCUGCUGGGUGCGUGGUGUAUGAAAUCUGUAGUCUCUUUUUGCUGCGAAAGGAAUUGUUGAUGCAGCAAGGACAAGGACGGGAGGAAUCGAUGGAAGCGUCGACCGGCAUUUUGUUUGCGAAGCACAGGAAGCUUAAGGGUAGGUUGAAGGUGCUUUUGUUACCAUUUGUUAUGGCUCUCCUAUAAGGGAGACAGCCAUAACAAGCGGGAUAAACGAACACCAAAAGCGUACCUCUAAGAAGCCUGCCAAUGGUGGUGGAGCAGGAGAACCUAGCGGAGACCCUACGGCUAACGGCCAACUGUUCUAUCUACAAGAAUGCUUGGGCAAAUUACCAGACUCGAUGAUCAAUGCGCACUUAGAUUUGUUCAAGAAGCAGACCGAAGGACAGGACGGAAAUAAACAGGGUACCAAUAGUGCUGCAGCAAGUGCGUUCUCAUCCACACCCGGUACGUGCACAUGGGCUGCAGCCUCCGCCACUCUAGACGAAUCUCUGAUAGCCCAACAACUUCAAGAGCAACGCUUGUCAUGUCAGCAACAUUUCGCGGCGAACGGAGAUUUCGAAUAUGAAGACCAAGGCGCAUUGGGUGGCUUCGUUUUUAUGAAGAAAGCAGUGAAAACCUUUCCGACUGGACGAAGUGACUAUGCACGUGCGAAGCUGAGGGAACUUUUGACUUCAGUGACAGUGGCUCCUCAAGAACCGGUUCUAUGCGAUCGUAAAAAGUGGAUGAUUGAAGCAGCGUCUGAAGUGAUUGAACACCUGACACAGUGUGAGCCGGCAAAGCGAUGGACUUGCGCACAAGUCUUAGCCCAGGCGAGGUUUUGCAGAGAGGUUAAAUAGGUCGCGGAUACUAAGUAGGUUUCUUUUUUUUUGAGUUCGGAGACCAGAUGAAUUGCGCGCUUCCGCAUCCGUAGUAUCCCCUACACGAUUCUGAUUGAAACUUCGCUUAGCUAUAAUUAAAAGUAGCACGCUUCUUUUCUAAGUUUCUAAAGUCACGAAAGAAAGCAAGCAUCUAAUUAAAGGACGUCCAAACACCUCUUGUUAGGCACAUUCAUUCAUUCAUUCAUUUGGCUAUGAAUGAUGAAGUAUUAACACCUACAGCAACCUUUUGUUUCGCAUUAUAAAAUGCGUCUGCUGGAACUGGAAGGGCUUCUAAGCCUCAGAAUAUUCUUUUAAGCCGGACCAUGCGUCAGGUCAGAAAC